UAGUGACGCCCAACAUUUGUACUUGUAGGCUUACAACUUUGUUCAACAAGUUUAUAGUUGUAAAUCUAGAGUUAAGUUUAGAGUUUCGAUUUUUACCAUGGAGCAAAUCUUCGUAGCAAAGACUAGAAUAUGUCUCUGUUUAUUGUUUUUGUAUUCCUUACUAGUAGACUUGUUACUUAUCAUGGCAGAUGAGAAAGGAACUGGAAAGCCAAACAACUGCACAGAUGUCCUAGAUGCAUAUCUUUCAAUAGAAGGCCAGAAGAUUGACCUAAAUAGUACUCUAUGUUUAGUGACUUUGAAAGAGAACUUUAAGAGUCAAUACUCAGCCUCCUUCUGUAUACCCCGUAUCUACGUAGAGCACACUAUGAGAGCAUACAUCAAUGAAGAGCAAAUAAAUAGCGUGACCAUCAAAUGGUCUCACUAUAUGCAGGUGAGUGUUGUUACAUGGACAUCGAGGCAGACAACUGGACCAAUGCGCUACUCGUCAUGCAGUAUUCUGAGGACAACGGAUGUCUAAGAAGUGGGACAUUGAACUGCAGUCUCACAAGUUGGUGGCGAUCACUUUAAUCCAGCUUUUGGGCGAGCUCAUUCCAUGUUAAAGCUUAGUCCGAAGCUGACACAUGCUUUUGUUUUAUGGCCUAUAAUUUGUGUACUAUGUAAGACACACUGUUUACUCUAGUAUUUAAUGUUAUACCACAAUUAUACUGACAUUUGCACCUAAUGUACUAAACAGAAAAUAAAUUAUUAAAAAAUUC